AUGGAAGUUACAAGCUUAAUUGGGGGGCAUUUCAUUAAAAAAAGGGGCGGUGACAGUUUUUCAUUUUUGAUCGCAUUUCCAUCAUCCUACUUGGUUGAACGUGGAUUUAGUGCAGUAACCAAUCUAAUCACUAAAAAAAGAGAACGGUUACAAAUAACUAAUCGUGAGGACUUAAGAAUGCUGGUUACGAAAAUCGAACCUAAUAUCAACGAACUUCUAGCAAAACACCAACCACAUCCAUCUCAUUAA